CUCCCCAACUCUCACUAAGAGUACUAAUGUAGUAGUAAUCUAAAUCCCCCGCAAUCUAACUGGUGUCCCGUUCAGGCUUGCCAACUUGUUCUCCCAAUGCCCUGGUCCCGUAUUUAGCUGUUGGUCGCGAAGCUUUAAAGGUUUGGUGUUAUACGGUGUUCUAAACAAAGGACAAACUACCCAACCUUCUUCCUCUGGCUUCUCGCUUUUUUCCCCCGGAGUCGUAACUUGGAAAGGAAGAAAAAGAAGAAAAAUCUAUACGAUGUCGUCUUCAGACAAUGGCGAUCUGCCUAAUAAGGCGACGGUAGAAGAGCUCGAGAAGGGAAGCUCGGUGCAUGUCAGUUCUAUAGACAAGGACCUAACGCGCAAAAUCCUAUGGAAAUUAGACACAAGGAUUUUGCCCAUCCUCGCCGUUCUGUUCCUGUGUUCGUUCCUGGACAGGACCAACGUAGGAAAUGCGAAGCUCUACAACCUUGAAGUAGACCUUGGUAUAACGGACCACCAGUAUGACCAGGGCCUUGCCGUCUUCUACGCGACCUAUAUUCUGAGCGAGAUUCCGAGUAAUUUAAUUCUCAAGAAGCUUACGCCCCAGAUAUGGUUGCCAUGCCUGACCUUCUUUUGGGGCGUGUCCGCCAUGUGCCUUGGAUUUGUUCAGAAUUUCGCCGGCUUCGUGGGUGUUCGUGCACUGCUUGGACUGACCGAAGGUGGUUUACUACCAGGAAUAGUCCUUUACUUGUCCACCGUCUAUACGCGAGGCGAACUCGCCUUGCGUAUUGGUAUCUUUUAUACGGCCGCAUCUUUAUCGGGUGCUUUUGGAGGACUGCUGGCUCGCGGAAUAGCUGAGAUAGGUACUCGAGGCGGUCUCAAUAAGUGGAGAUGGAUUUUCGUGAUUGAGGGUUUAUUCACCGCCUUGGUCGGAAUUGCCGCGUAUUUCAUCCUCCCUAACGGCGUUGGAUCGGCGAAAUUCCUCAGCGCAGAGGAGCGUCAAUUCGCCGUCGGUCGUCUCAAUGCUGCUAGCCAAGGCGAUGGCGGCGACCGCGAAAGGGAGGCUACUGAGAAGUUCUCCUGGUCCGAAGUAGGUCGCGGCGUCUUCAGCUUGCAGACCUGGUUCACAGCCUCUGCAUACUUCGGCAUCCUCAGUGGACUUUAUAGCUUUGGGCUUUUCCUCCCGACAAUCAUUACGGGCCUGGGAUAUGCGGCGGACGAAGCUCAGCUGUGGUCUGUCAUUCCCUACGCGGUAGCCUCCGUGGUUACAGUGAUAACUUCGUUCCUUUCCGACCGCUUCCGCGUUCGAGGGGUAGUCAUGCUCUUUUCGUUGCCGCUGGCGAUCAUAGGGUAUGGCGUGAUUGCGAACGUGGACAAUGUUAAAGUCAAGUACGGCAUGACGUUUCUCAUGGCUACUGGCUUAUAUAGUAGUGUGCCGCCUGUUCUCGGUUGGCUCUCAAACAACUCGGCUGGCCACUAUAAGCGAGCGACGACGAGCGCCCUGCAGCUUGCUAUCGCAAACUGUGGUGGAUUCGUCGCUGUGUUCAUAUAUCCGAAGGCCCAAGGACCGGCAUAUCGUGAAGGCCAUACCAUUAUUCUAGGGGUAUUGUGCGCUGGGUGGUUCUUAAUCCUCUGCAACGUGUUGUACUGCUGGAAGAUCAACCGGGAUAAGGCGAAUGGCAAAUACGAUAAAUACCGCGGCUUCGGUGAUGACCGUGAUCCUACAUUCAAGCUAGUCUUAUAGGCAACCAACAACCAACAACCUGGCUGAGGGUGAAAGGACGGUGUUUGCGUAUACGAUUUUUAUGAGAAGCGGGUGGCGGUAUCGUUACGGUACCUGGUACCUGGUAUCUGCCUCAUAAAACCAAACCAAAUCAAAUCAACACUCAAUUCGAGUUAAGUAUGAAGGAAACACGGUCCUUUUUUGGGUCCUUCCCAUAGUAUUCGACUGGAUACCUCCGAGGCCCCCCUGAAGUAUUUAUAUCCGUGACUAUCGAUGGGAUAUGUGUAUAGGCGGGUUAUACAGGCAUGGGCAUAGAAUUUGGACGGCAGGUUUCUAUGGGAGUUUUGAACACACUAUUUCAAAUGGUGGCUAUGAGAUAUGAAUUUAUAAUCGUGAAGCUUUUAGUAGAGUGUUGACGUGCUGUUCUGUUGGUGAUUGCUUCGUUGUUGAGACGGUGUUGAUUUAGGUAUGUUUGCGACCGGCUUCACAAGUAU